UGUAACUUGUUCUGUCAGUCUCCUGUAAGCUGCUGUUCUCACGUUUACCUCGCUGGGUUGGGUUUCUGAAGACAAUUGUUUCAUGCUACCAGCAGAAAUAACUCAAAGGAAAUGUAGUUUAAGAAAGAGUGAUACUUCUAAGUUAAAUAUUAACCAGAUUCAAACAAGCUCAAGAGCAUUUCAAGUGAGGUUACUUGUUGGGCUGGUGAACAAGAACGAACUCAAGCAGUGAAGAAUAGGCAUGGGGAUACUCUAUUCGGAGCCCAUUUGUCAGGCAGCUUAUAAUAAUGAUUUCAAUGAAGUUCAGCUCCUUUUGGAGCGCAACAGCAACUAUCUGAACGUCCAGGACAGCUUCGGUGGAGACACCCCUUUAAUUUGUGCGUGCAAACAGGGAAACAACAGGAUAGUUAGCUAUCUUCUAAAACGAAGUGCUGAUGUCCACCUCAGAAACAAGAAAGACCGCACAUGUCUGCAUUAUGCUGUGAGAAAACGGUUCACCUUCCUUGACUACGUGCUCAUCAUAAUCCUCAUGCCGGUUAUGCUUAUUGGAUAUCUUCUCAUGAUCUCAAAGACUAAAGAGAAUGAAAACCUGAUCAAGAUGUUGCUUAGAGCUGGAGUGGAUGUUAAUGCUACAGACCUUUCUGGUAACACAGCCCUUCACUAUGCUUGUGAAACGAAAAACCAGGCAGUCAUUCCUCUACUGCUUAAGGCUCACGCAGACACUUCUGUAAAGAAUCAGGAUGGGGAGACUCCCUUAGAUAUAGCAAGAAGAUUGCAGUUCCACAACAUUGAAGGCAUGCUAAGGAAAACUUCCUAGUCAUCAAGGACUCUUGAACAUGCAGAAAAUUACCUCAUCUGGCAAUCCAUCUUGCACAGCAGCAGGAGUCCUGCAGAGGGUUGAGCGCUGUUACUUGAUAAAGACUUGGUCCAAAUCCACCCAUUCCUUGCUGCAGACUUUGACUAUUUUGUCUGAGACUUCCCAGUACCCCCACAGCAGUGUGGGCUGAAAGGAGUUCACUUGCUUUUACUAAGCUGUGAAUGAUUACAAUACUGUUCAGAAUAUUGCCCUUCCCAUCUGCUUCCACAGUUUUAUUACUUGACUUGCGCAGACUGUGCAUUUUGAAAGCUAGCUAUAAUAUUUCUGGAAGCCUAAACAUUGCACGUGACGGCUGGCAGCCAAUGCAAAAGUAAAAUAUCCUUUAGAGUGUGUGUUACUUGUUCUGUAGGGGAUACACUUGACAACUGAACAAUAUGCCACAGCAGUUUAUACAAAGUCUGGCACCCUUCCUCAUUGUAUUUCUCUUCUGACAAUGGGAGUGACUGGGAAAAUAAGAUCUCUCAGUUUAGCACUUCCUUCCAUCCCUGCUACAAGUUUCACACACCUUAAUUCUCACUGUGUUGCUACAAGGGAAGGAUUAUCUUCUCUCUCCUUUUUUUUUUUUUUUAAUAUAAGAAACAGCAAGAAGAGUUUCAAUGAGUUGCUGGAGACCACAAAGAAAGCCAAUUCCCGGGUUGCUUUAAUGCAUUAAGAAAUAAUAAUGAAAAUAUGUUUGGCAUGGUAGAAAAACAAGUCUCUCGACUACCUUUCCAAUAUAAACUGUGUACUAAAUUAAAAAAAAAAAAUCAAUAAAUGAAAUGCUGUUGAUGGGAACCAGAUGUAUCCUUCCCAUGGGAUGGGACAGGAUAGCAUGCUUUUCAGAGUGGUGCAUGCAGCAGGGGAUGCAUAUACCCAAAUAAUAAUAAAUUCAUGAGUUUUCCCUUGCGUAGAUGAAAGCAGAAGAAAACCUGCAGUGGUAAGCAAUGCAUUAAUGUGGCCUGGCGCUUUCUGAUUUAAUAAUGUGGCAAUAACGGGGAAUCUCCUUUCAAGUGCUGCUGUGUCUUGCUUUCUUGGUCUAAUGGAUCUUUAUUUUUGUUGACAGUUUUGGCCAUUUCCUGUAAGCUGUCAUGAGUUCAGAUGAUAGAUGCCAUGAUCAGCACUGUUAAUGGCUGCUAGACUAGGUGCAUGGACAAGCUACUGUAUUUUUCCUGUGUUGCAGAACACGCAUAUAUUUUUCAAUGUAAGUAUUCUGUUGGAUGCUGACUCCAACUACAAAGGAUCUUGGUUGGGCAAUAUAAGCUCAAGGCCCCACCUAGGAACACCCCAGGAAACAAAGCUGUCCUGAGCCUGUAAUAAUGAACAUUUUGGGUGUAACCUGGGGACAGACACUCUUACCUACCAGAUCAACUUGUGGGUGAGUAGAUGUGUGGCACCUGCAUGAUAAUGAAGAUGCAGCCUCUUUGGGUUUAAUGGCCAGAAAGGGAAAACAGCUGACUGCUUUCCCACACUGGGGAAAUUGCUUGAACAAAGAAUGGUCAAGACAGAGUUAUGUAAAAGUCAAACCCAAUGGCUCAGAGUGCUUGCAACACCUUCAUUGUUAGUGCCAAGAAUAAUUCCUGGGGUGGGAGCUGUAUUUCUUGGAGUACAGCUUGCCUGAUGGGUCUGUAUCUCAUUCCUCAGUUGCCAUCCAUGGCCUUUGAAGCUGGGGGGUUUAGAGUGCAUGAACAAGCCUUUGGGUGAUGUGUAAGCAUGGAGGGCAUCAGAACACCUCUAUGAGUUUUUCUGAAUUUAGAUUCAUUGAUGGUUGUAAGUCACCUAUUGCCUGCCCAGUUUCUUGUACCUGAAGAUCUCUUGGUUGUGGUGAUACUGUAGGUAAAUGUAAGAAGAUGGAAAACAAAAAAAGCCAAGUUGUUUGUCAAGUGGAUAAAGGAUUUAAUUUAAACAAAGGUCAGUUGUACUUCAACAGAAAAAUGAGCAAAUCCCACUUUUGGGUCUUUAUGGGAAGACAAAAAUUGGGCAUGGGAAUAUCUCUGUGGGGUACACAAGGUAUAUAUGAGAACAACAAAGUUUGGGCUUAGGAAAAUCAGUCUUGUAGAAAUAAAAGCUGUCCAAAUUAAGGGAUCCCUGCAGUGUGU